GAUCCCUGGCUCCACCACGAACCCCCGCCGACCCUCGCUUAACCCUGGCAAAGACCGCUGGCUGUACCACGAACCCCCGCCGACCCUUGCUUAACUCUGGCAUAGACCCCUGGUUCUUCCACGAACCCUCGUCAACUCUUGCUUAACUCUGGCAUAGGCCCCUGGCUCCACCGGACAGGCAACUCAUUCUGCCCACGGCCGCUGCAUGUCUUGGAAUGGACACCUGGCUAAACCAGGACCCGGAACCAGGUCUUGAUCCACUCGGCUCAUUUUUGGCUAUGAAACAAGGGAUGAGAACAUUUCCCUCCGGAAAGUCAAUGUUUUCUGGUAGCACAAACUAACCCAGGCUACUCGCGGUGUAUAUGAUCUGGACAUCGAAAACCCGGCAAAUGGCUCUCAUUAAAAACACUCUCCCCAAACAAGAGCUAUCUUCAGAACCACCGAAUUCUGCGGAAAAAAAUGUUAGUGUCUCGCUCCACCCCGCGCAGAACACUGCCAAGGGGACAAUCUUCACUCCUCAAAUUCAAUUUAUGACCGGGGCAAAACAUUGAAUGGCUUCGUGCAAAGAAGGUUUGUAACGUCCCCGUCCCACAACAUCCAGAGAUAGCCAAAGUUGUGACACCAGUCUGCUCGUCCUCACUUCCCAAACAAAUCCACUACCGGAAACUCUCAUUGCUGGCCAUCAUCGCAUCUCUGCCCCAGUUUUCACUCCGAACCCUAUCCGCUCCUGCAAGUGGUAACGAUUCGCUCAUGGGAGCAAAAUAUGCAGAGUGCUCGCUGUCAGAAGUGUGUAUACUAUGCAUAAUGUAUACAAGAGCUAUACAAUCCUGAGUAUAUAUAGAUGUGCAACGUACUUUUCCCACCAACAAAAAAAAACAGUGUAGUGGCCACCUAGACCCGGUAAGGGCUUCACACUUUUCAUUUGGAUGGUUUAUGAAUUUGAUCUAAGUUGGCCUCAGAUGACCUCCAGGUCACCCUAAAGUGGAGUUUUUGUGCCUGGAAUAGUUUGUUCCACACCAGCACCUUGCACAGUGACGUAGUUAAAAGCACAUUGUGAAGAAAACAGAAAAGUGUCGUUCUUUUGGACCGCCGGUAGACCAAUUUUGAGCGGUGACCUGAUCUGAACUGGCCUUUUUAGGGAAAAAAAUGGUCGCAAUGGACACCGCACAGUAUUAACACUUACUUAUGUGCCCUCAAGAUCCGUCUUGACGUGUUAACAUAUGUUUUAACUGCAUCUAUCAGAACGACCUUUUUUACUUCGUGGCCUCCGGUGACCACACGUUUGACCUAGGUUAAAGAACGCAAUGUGCACCCUUCAUGAUUUGACGAGACCUUCACAACAGCAUUUUUUUUUCUCACGCGACGUCUGGAAUUUGGAGAUACAAGGGGGAGUGAACUUCCUCUCUCCCCUCGAUCUCUCCCCUCCUCCUCUCGGCCGGGCACGGUUGUCUGAGACCCCGGCCGGGCGCAUGCUAAAACUCAUCGGCAAAUUUGGAAUGUAUGUCAACUAAUAAUUUCCUCAAGUUCAUGUCUGUGACUGUAUUUUAUCGAGAGGGCGAGCAUAGGAUCAUGUUCAUGGAAGACAUAACAGCAUGCUCAUCACUUACUCAACGUUCCGUCAAGCACAAACUUCCACACGUUCUGCAAAGUUAAAGGUAACUGGCGCGAAGAUGCACGUGAUCUUUUUUUACCUGUGUCUGGCAAGUUACGUUUCCCAAAUAUCAGGAAAAGGAAAAUUCGAUCAGUUCAGAACGCAUAAGGUAUCUGGUAUUGAGAUUGACCCGAAGGCAUGGAAGAUACAUGAAAUAUGCGCAGCGCUCUCAGUGCGGUCCUGUUCAACUGUGUCGUCAGUACUUUGUGGGCUCACUUCGGCCAUCACCACUUGGGUCUAGCUUCUGCUUCUCGGGAAGACAAUCGAAGCUGUUAUGAUCCUCACGUGAAUCUAGAUGUUGUCGGCGGAAAAUACGAGCUAAACCACUGGCCUCGUUUUGAAGAAAUUGAGAAGUGUAUCCGUGGACUAGACCCAGUAACCAGGAGCAAACAUCUCGUGCCGCAUCCAUGUGCAGGUCGUGUGCGCGUAAGUCUGAAGCUCGUGGACUUGCAGGACAUCAAUGUGGCUGAGAACCUGAUUUCUAUGAAGAUCACGUAUCUUGAACAAUGGAAGGAUCCUAGGAUUAUACUACCCGUUUUGAUGAACACACAGUGUGGGACCAAUGGUACGCUGAGAUCCAUGAUGUAUUUAGAGCCUCCGGAAUUCUACCGCACUCGGCUUUGGACUCCGGAUUUUUACAUAAAAGCUGUUGUUCGCGCGAAAUCGUUAAAAUUUAUCAAAAGAUACCAAGCACUAAUUUUGCACAGGACCAGGGCUAUUCAGAAUAUCGUAACGCUCAAUGUUGAUAUGAUGUGCGAUAUGAAUUUCGAGCAUUAUCCAUUUGAUACUCAAAUUUGCAACGUAACCAUUGAGAGUUUCGGCACAUUUUACGACCGCAUUGCCAUUUUGUGGCAUUCAGGUGGCGUAGAAUUGCUCCCAGAAUUCAGUUUAGCAGGGUAUGAAGUGGAUGUUAUGCCUCAAAAACCGACUGCAGUACGGUACGCCGGUUACACGUUCCCGCGGGUUACGGUCACGCUCUCUUUUCGCCGCAUUCGCAUGAAGUACAUCCUUCUUAUUUACAUCCCCAGCUUGCUGCAUUUUCUCAUCGCGUGGCUCGCCUUCUUCCUUCCGAAAGAAGUGUCCCAGGGGCGAUGCAUCAUUAACUGCUCCACGACACUGUCUCUGGUCAGCAUGUUAUCCGUGUAUACCCGGAACAGUCCUCAUGGUGGUUAUGUCAAGGCGCUUGAUGUUUGGUGUUAUUUCUCCGUUUUCUUCCAAUUUCUCUGCACUCUUGAUGCCAUGAUAGAUACCCGCCUGCUCUACGCAGCGUCUAACAUUAAGCGCAACCCUGUGGAAGCAGGCACUCGCCACGUUUGGGACUUGGUCACCGACGCCAGCAACUGGCUGGGAAAAGAGGUGCGUCUAGUGCGCACACAAGACGAAGGCAAGGGAUUCGACGAGACACUGCGCGACAUGCGGCGGCUGCACAGAGAAUAUCGGUUGGCGAUGGCUGAGUCCUCCCAAGAGACCAAGCUGAAGCCAGGGUUUAAAAGGCAGAAUAUAAUCCAGUCGAACUACCGCUUCUCGCCUCGGUACUACCGCUUUCUCAAGCUGCUCGUGAUGUACCAGGAAUGGUCUCAGUAUCUCUGUCUGGCGUGGUACCUGAUAUUUCUCCUGGGAUAUUGGGUGCUGUACGUGCCGUAAGUAAUUAGCUCGGCAUUCUUGUUGACGUGCGUGCUGGCGAGCAAUAUAAGGCUGAUGUGUGCUUGGUAUGUUUCAAGAAAUGACGAUAUGCUAGUGCAAGAAAUGACGCCACGCUAGACAGGCCUAGAAAGGUCAAUGGAGGACGCUGAAGCGACACAUGGCAAGAAUUCAUCCGAGGCUUCCUGCUGUCAAGAGGAACAGUGGCUUUGGGGUAAGAGAUCAGGUAUCGCCGGCAUAGGCUUCGCACACUACCUGCCGCGCAGCAGAUUGAACGAUGAUAAUGAUAAUGAUUUGGGCUUUUGCGGCGCACCGACUACGUUGGUCAUAUGGUGCCCAUAACCUACUUGUUAUCUAACAGUUGCCCGAAAAAGCGGGGAGAUAAGGUUACGUUUGACAUACGGCAUGAAAUUGUAUGACUUCAAGAUAACUAAACAUGCCACCGUCAUUCACUGAGCUGGUGUCGUCUCCCAACAUACCGGCUUUUUGUACUAUAUUCUGUUCAUUGAGACACCGCCAACCAGUCAGUUC